AUGAACGAGAAGGCGUUGAAAGGAUGCUUUUACCGGGACUGCACGCUGUACGUCGGGGAGUAUAUUCUGGAGGAUGAACCCAGUCAUGAUAAAGUGCUCGCGGAGAGUGGGGCCACUUUGAAUAAAGGAAAACAUGGAAACAUAAAGGGGUGUAAAAACGGGGAUACAAAUGAGGAUCCGCAUGGGGACACUAAUGAUGGGGCGGUAGAAGAUAUAAGCACUGAAAAUAUCUCCUUGGACAAGAACUCUAGUCAGGAGGGGUCCCCCGGGAGAGGCAUCAUUUUCCAUGGUCAGGGAAAGUACAUCAGAGCGAACGAAAUUUUUGUAGGAUAUUUCCAAAAGGGUAAUUACAGAAAAGGCAUAUGGAUAAAGUACAAAAAUAUUCACAACUUAUUUUACUACAUGAAUAUACACCAUGCCUUGUCUAGGGAAAAGGACUCCAUCAACCAGGGGUCAACAAAAAACUUUAAAAAUUUUUUAUAUGUACCCUUGAAGGAGGUGAAUAUAUACAUAGGAGAGUUUGACAAUAAUAUGUUUAAUGGUUUUGGCGUGUACUACUUUUAUCCGUUUCUCUACGUCGGGUACUUUAUAAACAAUACGAUGGAUGGCUACGGCUACAUGUUUUACGUUAACUCCGUUGGGGAGAAAAUUGGGGAGGAUACAAAGAAGGAAGAUAACACAAGGGGUACUACUAAAAAUUUGUUCGAUUUUUUAUUUGUGCCAAAUGAAAAAGGGGGAAUUACCAACAUGUCUGCGGAAAAACGAAAGGAAGAAAAAGACGCCAAAGAGGUUGUGCAAAGUGCGGAAAGCGAGAAUCGUGUUGGGGGGAAAAUGGGCGAAGAGACCUGCAGCACAGGGGGACUGCUCCUUAGGGUGUAUGAAAAGUUGGAGAAUAUGAUGAAGGAGUGGGAAGGUGACCUGGGGGAAGAAUCGCAGAAGGUGCAGAAAACUCCGCUGUCUAAUCAACCAGGGUUCGUGCCCAGCGGGGGAAGCCUCGUGGAAAAGCUCAGAAAGGAUAUUUUCAAAAACUUCAAAAUGCAGACACGCAGAAAAAACAAAGUGAAAAAAAUAAAAAAGUUCUUUGAAGAAAAUGAGAGGGAAAACAUUUUUGAUAUUUUCAAACUUAUAUCAUAUGAACACCUACUCUACCAGGGGUACUUCCAUAAGAACAAUUUUUUCUCCACCUCGGAUGAGCAGAUCCUAUACAGGAGUUUGUUCCUCCAGAUGUAUGUCGAAAUGGUCAUCGAAAAAGUGAACUCUUUUAGAAGAAAUUUAGCUGAGGGCAUGGAGCCCCAAGACUUGUGCAUAAGCGAGGACAAUGUUUUGUGCGUGCUAGAAAGGAAGAAGAAAACACCAGAGGGGGAGACGACACAGGGGGGUUCAAUCGUCAGUGGUAGUAUCAUUCCAAAUAUCAACGCGGAUAUACGAAAUGACGCUGCAAAUAACGAGCGCAGCGAUGUACCUGAGGAACUGAAUGAGAGUGGUUCGCGCGUAGAGGCUAAGCAUGGAAGUGUGUCCAGCCCCGACGUGCAUGAAGGAAUUCACCCUGGAGGUAGUACCCCUAAUGCAAGUUUAUCAAAUGAACACUACAGAGACAUCAUAGAUCUCAACCUUCUCAAACGCAUCUUCGAAGCCACAGCAGACGACAAUGUUGACUAUCAAGUAGAGGUAGUUACGGAUAAGAAGCUCUUAAAAUAUAAAAGUACAUUUGGAGGAUUAAAAACAGAUAAGGAGAAAAACCACCUAGAUAAAGCCACACUACAUUUAAAUGGGUAUUACCAACUGGUAAUCAUAAAUAUCAAAUGUACGAGUGACACAUCCUUUAGCUUAAGCACAAAACAAUGCAAUAUACAAAAUAUUUACAAAAUAAAAAUGUUCUUAAUUUCUUCUACCGAAUCAUCAAUAAUUAAGUACAACAAGUUUUUCCUUUACUACAUUUAUGUGUACGUUAAAAAUUGUGAUAAAAAAGGGAAAGGGAAAGUGAAGAAGAAGAAGGGUUAG